GAGAUAAUGAUGACUUACAUGAACAGAGCGUAGAAUGAGUCAGCCACUGAAGACUCAGUGUAUAACAUAGCCAGGCAUGCAUAUGAUUGAGAAUUCCAUAGGGCUUGGAAUCAGGGUUGAAAGCUGCAACUUAACUAUUUGUGAAUAAGUCAGUUUAAUUCGGAUCUGGUGGGUGACAAGGUUAGGAAAGAAUGUGGGGUAUAAAAGUGCUGCCAACAAAGAGAGCCACGUCUUUGAGGGUUGACGACCAUGUGUCACAGUGUGUGAGGGAGCCACGUGGGGAUGGACUUUCCGCGCUGUUAAUGGGGACAUGGGACGCCAGUUGUCUGUGAUCUCUUGUGUGGAUUUUCCCUGUGCGGAAGGACAGACGCAGCCAGUCAGUUGCCUAGACCUGCAGCAGGAAUUGUGCGUGAAAGAAAGGGCCUGAAAACUUGCUUUCCUUUGCAUCCGGGAGAAUGUCUGAGCAAGGAGACCUGAACCCAACCAUGGUGGAGGAAGGACGGAUGGAAACGGAGUCCGCGCCAGAGAACGGCAUAGUCAAGUCAGAAAGCCUGGACGAAGAGGAGAAGCUGGAACUGCAGAGACGGCUGGCAGCUCAGAACCAAGAGAGAAGAAAAUCCAAGUCAGGGGCAGGAAAAGGCAAACUGACCCGCAGUCUUGCUGUCUGUGAAGAAUCCUCAGCCAGACCCGGAGGGGAAAAUCUUCAGGACCAGGAAUCAAUUCAUUUACAGCUUUCCAGUUUUCCCAGCCUGCAAGAGGAGGAUAAACCUAGGAAGGAUGACUGUGAGAGAGAAAAAGAAAAGGAUAAAAACAAAGAUAAAACCUCUGAGAAAACCAAGAUCAGAAUGUUAUCAAAAGAUUGCAGCCAAGAAUAUACAGAUUCCACAGGCAUAGACUUACAUGAGUUUCUGAUUAACACCCUAAAGAAUAAUUCCAGGGACAGGAUGAUACUCUUGAAAAUGGAGCAAGAAAUGAUUGAUUUCAUUGGCGACAACAAUAAUCACUAUAAAAAGUUCCCUCAGAUGUCAUCAUACCAGAGGAUGCUAGUCCAUCGUGUGGCAGCCUACUUUGGAUUGGAUCACAAUGUAGAUCAAACUGGGAAAUCUGUCAUUAUCAACAAAACCAGCAACACCAGAAUACCAGAGCAAAGGUUUUGUGAACAUUUAAAAGAUGAAAAAGGUGAAGAAUCCCAGAAGCGGUUUAUCUUGAAGCGAGAUAACUCUAGUAUUGAUAAAGAAGACAAUCAGAAAAACAGAAUGAAUCCAUUUAGAGAUGACAGACGAAGUAAAUCAAUUGAAGAGAGAGAAGAGGAGUAUCAGAGAGUGAGGGAGAGAAUAUUUUCACAUGAUUCAGUAUGCUCCCAGGAAAGCCUUUAUUUGGAAAACAGUAGGCUCCAGGAAGACAGUCACAUAUGCAAUGAGACCUAUAAGAAAAGACAGCUCUUUCGGGGCAACAGAGAUGGCUCGGGGAGGACUUCCGGGAGUCGACAGAGCAGCUCGGAGAACGAGCUUAAGUGGUCGGACCACCAGCGAGCAUGGAGCAGCACAGACUCCGACAGCUCCAACCGCAAUCUGAAGCCCACCAUGACCAAGACAGCGAGUUUUGGGGGCAUCACGGUGCUGACCAGGGGUGACAGUACGUCCAGCACCAGAAGUGCUGGGAAGUUGUCUAAAACAGGUUCUGAGUCUUCCAGCAGUGCGGGAUCCUCGGGAUCGCUGUCCCGUACCCACCCCCCUCUGCAGAGUGUGCCCCUGGCUUCUAAUGUGGCAGCUGCCUCUCCUGGCUGUGUGCCCUACUCAGAGAGUGGAAUGGGGGGCCAGGUCCCUCCCAGCAGCACCAGCUACAUCCUCCUUCCACUUGAAGCUGCAACAGGCAUCCCUCCAGGAAGCAUCCUUCUUAAUCCACACACAGGUCAGCCCUUUGUGAAUCCCGACGGAACACCUGCAAUAUACAACCCUCCUGCCAGCCAGCAGCCCCCGCGUGGCACGGUGGGGGGACAGCCCCCGCCACAGCAGCCGUCGCCCCAGCCUCAGCAGCAGGUCCAGUCCCCAGCACAGCCUCAGAUGGCGGGCGCGCUGGUCACUCAGUCUGUGCAGGGCUUGCCACCAUCCUCUCAGUCCAUGCAGUAUCCUGCAGCCUCCUUCCCUCCCCAGCACCUCCUGCCCGUGUCUCCAACGCAGCACUUCUCCAUGAGAGAAGAGGUGUCAGCGCAGUUCAGCCAGCUGAGCAUGAGCCGGCAAUCAUCUGGAGAAACUCCUGAGCCCCCCCCGGGUCCCGUCUACCCAGCCUCCCUCAUGCCACAGCCAGGCCAGCCACCAAGCUAUGUCAUUACAUCAGCAGGCCAGCAGCUCUCGGCAGGGGGCUUCUCGGACUCUGGCCCUCCUCUCUCCCAGCCAGUCCUCCAGCACCCGCCCUCUCCCCAGGGAUUUGUGCAACAGCCGCCCCCUGCUCAGAUGCCUGUAUAUUACUACUCAUCUGGUCAGUACCCUACCUCAACCACACAGCAGUACCGGCCCCUGGCCUCCGUCCAGUUCAGUGCUCAGAGGAGCCAGCAGGUGCCUCAGGCGGUGCAACAAGCAGGUUACCAGCCAGUCUUGUCUGGCCAGCAGAGCUUCCAAAGCCUGAUGGGAGUGCAGCAGGCACCUCAAAGUCAGGGAGUGAUGAGCAGCCAGCAAGGAGCCCCGGUGCAGGGUGUGGUGGUCUCUUAUCCAACCAUGUCUUCUUAUCAGGUGCCAAUGACCCAAGGUUCUGAAGGAGUGCCCCAGCAGGCCUACCAACAGCCAAUCAUGCUGCCCAGCCAGGCAGGCCCAGGGUCACUCCCAGCCACCGGAAUGCCUGUGUACUGUAACAUCACACCGCCAGCCCCUCAGAGCAGCCUGCGGCUGAUCGGCCCACACUGCCCCUCCCGCACGGUGCCCGUGAUAUCGGCCAGCUGCAGGGCAAACUGCGGGAGCAUGAGCAAUGCGGGCUGGCAGGUCAAAUUCUGAGAGCCCUUGCCUGCUCGCGAGCUGUACUCGAUCAGCUGUUACUCAUGGCCUCCGAGGGGAAAGGAGACCCGGGCAACUGGCUGAGGACUUCCGUAUUUACUCAACACCCAUGUGAUUGCUGCUGGACUUCUGUUUCAAAAAAAAAAAACAAAAGAAGAAGAAAAAGAAAAAAAAAAUAAUCAAAGACUAACACACACAUUAGCUGGUUGAUGGUGCAUAUUUCUGUCACGUCUGCUAGGUAUGCCUUUAUAGCUUAGCUAGUGACAUGAAUUCAUCAAGGUAAGAUUUUCUCCUACCACUGAAUACCACUGUGUAGAUUAUAACAACCCUGAUUUGGAUUAGUUUUGUACUCUGUGUUGAGUUUGUGAUGCUAAAAGUAUUUAAAAAAAUAUAUCUAUAUACUAAAUCACAUCGUACCAAAGCUGUCAUGGAAAAGAAAAGAAGAAUUUAAGAAUGGAAAAAAUAAUUUAUAUACACUAUAGAGUUUUCUUUUUUUAAGAAAAUGGAUAUAUAUGGUAUUGUAGUGUUUAAUCAAAAUAAAAACCAUUUGACCUUACAGAGGAAGGUCAUGUUUUUAUCAUCA